AUGAAUUAUAAAUAUAUAUUAAUUAUUUCAUUAAUUUUAAUUAUUAAUGUAGCUUUUUCAGAAAUUACAACAAAGAAAGGUGGUGCAAUUAAUAAUGCUUAUGAUUCAAUGAACAAGAAACAAAAAAGCGAUGCUAAGGAUGCAAUUGAAGGUGUAGAAUAUGCUGAUGCCUUCCUUACUAAAGCUAAAUCAGGUAUCUCAAAAACUAAAUUGGUUCGUGUUGAUAUGCAAGGAAUAUUUAAUGGUGAUGGUGGUGUAUGGCAUAACUUACAGGCUCAAAUCAAUGGUGUUAAAAAAGCAUCUACUGUUGCUCAUGUAAAUGUAUGUUCAAGUUUAGCAAAUAAUAAAAAACAAGAACCAAUUAUAAAAGCAAUUCAUAAUGCUCUAUUAAGUAGUUUAGAUGAUGGCCAUAGCUAUGAUUAUGAUCAUUCUCCUUUAAGAAAUCCUGAUUUUGAAGUCCCAGGAACAGGUCCACCUGGUUCAGUACAAGAGGGUAUUGUUUUACCUACAUUAGACCCAAUUACCAAGAUUCCAACUUAUUGUUGUGGUGAUGGUUCAAUAUUUGAUCUAGGUAGAUUGGUUAUUCAUAAUGAAACUACUUUUAAUCAAUGGUUUGUUGAUAUACCAGGUGUUAACAUUCCUUUCCCAUAUGAAUUAGUUUUAACUGAAACUGGUGUCGGUACUGGAAUAUAUGAAUUUGCAUCAACUUUAUUCUUCCCACUCAAUGGCAUGGGAUUUGAUAAUAAAACAGAAUACCCAAAUGAACCAGUCUAUUAUGAUCUUUAUGGUAACCCAGAAGCUUUCCAUUUCUGUAUGGCUAUCCAUUCUUCAUUUCCUUACAAUGGUGGUGAAGAGUUUAGAUUUGCUGGUGACGAUGAUGUUUGGAUUUAUUUUAAUAAUCAGUUAUUGGUAGAUUUAGGUAGUAUUCACCCAAUCGCAGAGAAAGUUGUAAUGCUUGAUGAAAUUCAAGGAUUGAUCCCUGGAAACUAUUACGAUUUCGAUAUGUUCUAUUGUGAACGUCAUACUGAUAAUUCUGAUUUAAUUAUAUCCGCAAAUUUUAAUUUUGUUUGUCCAUGGUAUGAUGCUUGUGGAGUAUGUAAAGGUCGUAAUGAUACUUGUUGUAAAGACCCUUGUGAAAACUUGAACCAAUGCUCAAUAGGAACUUGUAAUGUUGAUACCAAUUUCCAAUGUAUUCAAGAAGAUAGAGAUUGUGAUGAUGGAGAUCAAUGUACUACCCAUUCCUGUGAUGUAGACCAAGGUUGUAUUAAUAUACCUUUAAACUGUGAUGAUGGAGACCAUUGUACUGAAGACUCAUGUGACUCAUUUUUGGGAUGUGUUCAUACCGAAAUAGAAAACUGUAGACCAUGUAACCCAGGAGAAUGCCCUACUACAGAUUUAUGCUUCCCAUCUGAAUGUAACCCAUUUGAAGGUGAAAAAUGUAUAAGUCGUGAAAUCAAUUGUACAAUCAGUGAUCCAUGUGGUAUAGGAAGAUGUGAUUUAGGUAUUUGUGUUAUAGAUUGGAUAUGCACACCAACACCAACCGAAUCACCAACCGUAUCUCCAACUGAAACGCCAACAGAUACACCAUCAUACGAGCCAAGUUAUCCACCACCAAAAGGAUUACAUAGAAAUUGUUUAAAGUGUGAAGAUUUACAAUGCGAAUAUAAUUGGUGCACAUAUGUUAAAAAUCCAAAAUGGGAUACAUCAGAAUGUAAUGAAGAUUGUUGCAAUUUCACACCAACAUGUUACACUAAAAGAAGAUUGUUAUAA